AUGGUGCUGAAAGAAGAGACUCAUCAAUGGAAUGAAAUGGAAGAGAAACAUCAAGACAUAUUGACUGAUGAAAAACCCACACUGACUAAAAAGACUUCAUCACACGGAAGACCUCGGAAAUCCAAAUAUAUGUGUAAUUUCAGCAGUAACCAGUGUAGAAAGAGUUUCAGUCAAAAGCCAAAACUUGAUGUUCACAUGAGAGUUCACAAUAGGGAGAAACUUUACACCUGCAAACAGUGUGGAAAGAGUUUUCCUAAAAUUCAUGGCUUUAAAGCCCACAUGAGAAUUCACAUUGGAGAGAGGCCGUACAAAUGCCAACAGUGUGGAAAGAGUUUUACGCAAAAUAGCAACCUUGAAGUUCACAUGAGAACUCACAAAAAGGGAAGAAUUUUUACUUGCACACAGUGUGGGAAAGAUUUUGCUAAAAAACACAACCUUAACAUCCACAUGAGGAUUCACGCUGGAGAGAAACCUUACACAUGCACAGAAUGUGGUCAAAGUUUCCCAUAUAAAACCACAUUCAAUAGCCACAGGAGAAUUCACACUGGAGAGAAACCUUACAGAUGCACAGAGUGUGGUAAAAGUUUCACACAUAAAAGCACAUUCAAUAACCACAGGAGAAUUCACACUGGAGAGAAACCUUACACAUGCACAGAGUGUGGUAAAAGCUUUACGCAUAAAAACACACUCGAUAACCAUAAGAGAACUCACACUGGAGAGAAACCUUACAGAUGCACUGAUUGUGGUAAACAUUUCCCAUAUAAAAGCACAUUUAAUAACCACAUGAGAACUCACACUGGAGAGAAGCCGUUUGCAUGUGCUCAGUGUGGAAAGAGCUUCAGAGCCAAAGCUAGCCUCAUGAAUCACAUGAAUGGACACACUGGAACCAUAGUGUUCACAUGUGAUCAGUGUGGAAAGAGUCUCACACACAAAGACUCCAUUAAGAACCACAUGAAGACUCAUUCGGUAGAGCGUUUAAGAUGCAGUGAGUGUGGAAAGGGCUUUAAUUGUAAAAGAAGCCUCAGCACUCACAUGAAGCUUCACAAUGGAGAGCAGAGUCCUCAACAUUGAGGCCUUGUCCACACAAACAUGGGUAUAUUCAAAACGGCAGCUUGUUCAUGUAGUUUGGCUGUUCAUUGACAUGGUUUAUUUAUAAACUACUUUUGAGAGGAUCACGUGCUAUGAUUGUCCACAGCUGGUCCUGCAUUAGCUAACACACCAACCAGAUGAUUUCUAAACCACUAUCAAUAACCAAAGUUUCUUAUCUUAGUUAUUUUCCACCUAUCCACACAAGUGGAUAAGUUUAUCUAUCCACACAAGUCCCACAUUGAUAGUAACCUGUUCAGCAGAAUAUAUUGACAGUUCCGAUGUUGUUCUUUUUUUUAGAAAAUACUUCCAAAUCAGGAACACAGGCUCCUAUUCUUGUAACCCCUUAUCUGGGUCUUUAGAUCCAUCAGUAUACAUUUGUGUAUUUUCCAGCUACAAGCUUAUACACAUUUGGCUUAUAGUACCUGAUUCCUCCCAUUCAUUUCUUUUGUCCAAGAUCUCAAGAUUGAUUUCAACUUCAGGUAUUUUCCAUAAGGGGACUUCACUCCAUACUGGGCUUUUAUUACCCACUAUAUUAAAUACUUGGUGUUUUAUUUUAUUUAUUUAUUUUUGCUAUAUUAUGUAUAUUCCAUCCAAAUCCUCUUCCUCUAUUAUUAGUAUACUCUCAACAAUCUAUUAAAGAUUCUUUUACAAUGUUAUCUCCAGCAUAGCUUUUAAUAGAUGACCAAUACGCCUGUGCCAAUUUCUCCCUACUCAGAUAUAAUGGUUAUUAAUUUGUUUCCACAAUCAAAGCAUUAAUCUGUGUUGAUUUUACAGCUCCUAUACACAUUCGAAGUGCUCUAUAUUGGAUCCUAUCUAGUCUUUUUAAAAUGGUCUUUGAUGCUGCCGCAUAUAUUAUACACCCAAAAUUAAGUACCAAUCUUAUUAAAGCCUGAUACACUGUGAGCAUUA